CCCGCUGCGGUCACUCUGGGCACGAGGCUUGUUUAUUGGGCGAAAUUUAAUGAUUCGCUGUAAUCAUACAACAUUUGCGUCAGUUGCCAAACACCGACCCAGCCAAAAUUCCGCUUCGGCCACAAACCGACUCUUAUAUAUUCAUAAAACAACCGAUCCGCAGCCGCCACUCCAGCAGCAGCAGCUUAGCCGCGAGCAACUAAACCAGAAAUUGCUUCCUCGCGUGAAUCGUUGAAUCGGGGAAUCGUCUCUAUGUCGUCUGUAUGCUAGUCGUGCAACAGCAGUGUCAAUUAGCAGUUUCGCAUAAGACCACCUCACGCGUACACUCUGCACCACCACCGCCACCGCCGCCGCCUCCGCCAGCAGCACCACCCCCCGAAAUACACCCGCCCGUGCGUCCGUGAAUCGUCGUGUUAUCCGUGUUAUACAACAAAAUUGCACCAAAAGUGCCCGACAUACGCCGGCCAAGAGUUGCCCGCUAACCAACGCCGAUCCUCGACAGGCGGAGCGACCCGAUCCCAGCGGAGAAAGCGGCUCUGCAGCAGCAACUGCAACAGCGACUUGGCAGAACUGGUCCGGAUUAGCAGGUUGUCGUAAGAGGAGCAGCGACUGCAAGGGCGCAACCACAGCAUUAGCACACAACACAGUCGAUAGUGCAGCCCCACCAGCAGCCUCAACAAUCGAAAGCGACGGCAACCGUUCGGAUCCACCAUGAACAUCGACGACUACGAAUCGCUGCCCACCACCAGUGUGGGUGUCAAUAUGACGGCGGGCGCAAUUGCGGGCGUGCUGGAGCAUGUGGUCAUGUAUCCGCUGGACUCCGUCAAGACGCGAAUGCAGAGCCUUUCACCGCCCACAAAAAACAUGAACAUAGUGUCAACCCUUCGGACUAUGAUCACGCGUGAAGGCCUGUUAAGACCCAUUCGGGGAGCCAGCGCCGUGGUGCUGGGUGCUGGACCAGCACACUCGCUAUACUUUGCCGCCUACGAGAUGACCAAGGAGCUCACGGCCAAGUUCACAUCGGUGAGAAACCUCAACUACGUGAUUUCGGGAGCGGUGGCCACCCUCAUACACGACGCCAUUUCUAGUCCCACGGAUGUGAUCAAACAGCGUAUGCAGAUGUACAACUCGCCCUACACAUCGGUGGUAUCCUGCGUGCGGGAUAUCUACAAGAGGGAAGGCUUCAAGGCCUUCUACCGGGCAUAUGGCACGCAACUGGUCAUGAAUCUACCAUAUCAGACAAUACAUUUUACCACAUACGAGUUUUUCCAGAACAAAAUGAAUCUGGAACGCAAAUACAAUCCACCAGUGCAUAUGGCAGCGGGUGCAGCAGCCGGUGCGUGUGCGGCGGCUGUAACCACGCCCCUGGACGUGAUCAAGACGCUACUAAAUACUCAGGAGACAGGACUGACGCGCGGCAUGAUCGAGGCCAGUCGAAAGAUCUACCACAUGGCCGGUCCAUUGGGCUUCUUUAGGGGCACGACCGCCCGCGUUCUGUACUCAAUGCCCGCCACGGCCAUCUGCUGGUCGACGUACGAGUUCUUCAAGUUCUACCUGUGCGGCCUGGACGCUGAUCAGUACAAAUCGUCAAUUACGGGCAGCUCGGAGCCCCGCAAAGCGGACUACGUGCUGCCGAGGACUACGGAUGAGGAGCAGAUCGAUCAGGAGCGCGAGGCGGCAAAGGAGAAGGACACCACGGCCACCCUGCACUCUGCCCCGACCUCGGUCAAUGCCUCCGGUGCCAUUAAGACGGUGUGCGAGCUGUCGACGCGGCCCGCCGGGCCAACAAUCAAUCUGCACACGCGGCACACGGACGUGAAGAGUCCCUACGAGCGGGGCUUCAGCACGUAGGCGUCGCCGGUGGGCGUGGCCGCGAGCGGGGCCGGCGUUCGAAACGUUUGCAGCAGCAGCGACAGCUAAACCUAAGCGUAGCUAUUAGUUGGCGGUAGGAAAUGGGAUGAUGGCUGGGGUGGAUCCAGGGCAGGGGCCACCUGGGCAGGCGGGGACGACACGGUGUUCGAAAUACCUGCCGUUCCGCCAAACCACCGCCUGGCCACUGCCCCACCACCGGCCCGCCCGGACCCAGCUGCUUGUAUGAAUACUCUGCGAGGAGUCGGUGAGAGAGUUUUAUCACUCCAUAGUCGGAGGUUAAAUCGUAGUUGUUGUUCUGCACAAAACUCUCGCUCUCACACACAACACGCAAACACACACACACACACACCCUAUACACACACAAUAUGACAUUUUUAGGCAAAGUGCGAAAUUCUUGUUAAAAGUAUAUGCUAAUGAUGAUACUGUAUCUAUGUUACUUUGAAAUGAGAUAACCUUCUUGUAAAAUACUAUUACCUAUGUAUUACAACCUUUGAUUUACAACAAUUAUAUAUAUAUUUUUUUUAAACAAUUUUCAAAUGAUAUACGCAUAUACAUACAUAUAUUUAUGUUGAUCGUUGUAAAGUAAUCAAGAGCAAAAAUGUAAAGCACACGCUCGCGCGGCAGAAGGAAAAAUUCAAUAAUUUGUAAUCAAAUUACAGCCGAAAUCUUCAAACUGAGAUGUUACAAAAUAUAAGGAACAGCAGAUACAGCAGAAAACAGCUCCCAGAGAACUACGUCUCCCCCAGACCUACAAUGCCCCAUAAUCUACACCCGGUACUAUAACUAACCAGCCCCAUGUAGAGAGCCGUAGCCUAGCUAUGUCCAUUGUCCUUGCUCCACGCACUCGACUGUUUCGAUCUAUCAUCACACAUUAUCCUCGUCUCAGUGCUAGAGUUCCACAUCCUUGAGUAGCAGACGCAGUUGAGUGCCGGGGAUCAAGGCUAGUGGAUCGCCCAAAAUAUACAAUAAUGCAUCAUAUUAUUACGUUCACUGUUAUUUUUGUUUAUAUAUAUGCAUAAUAUAUAUGGAUAUGCUGCACCGGCGACUAUUAAACUGUAAGGUGUAGCGCUAAAUUACAAUUUUAUUGUUAAAGAAUUCAAACGAAAAAAAAACAAGCGGAAGCAAAACCAUUGGCAAGCGAAAUGGCCCAUUAAACGGAUGAAAG